UGCCACGACCGGAAGUACGCUAUGUUGGCCUUCAGCGUAAAAUACACGACAGCGCUCUCCGACACAUGACUUUUAUUCUGAAACUUUCAAAAAGUGGACUGAACGUCCUCGUUUUGGUUGUGUUACUCUUAACGCUGUCGAACUAUUUACACGUAUUUUGCUAGGUUGUAUUUUUCUUUUUGUUCUUCUUCCUACAUUAUGUGUGUGUUGAGUGGCUUUUGACGCAUCUGGUAACUUAGUAGGAGCACUUUGAGAGGUCUCCCCCGGGAAACAUGGCAGACGUGUGUACGGGUGUGUAGGAGUCUUUCCUCAAGAGUUGUGGUUGGGCCUGUUCGGGUUAUUUACAUCGCUGCUGAACAGUUCCCGGUGCAGCCAUGUCACUCGGGGAAUAUGAAAGACAUUUCGACUCGCUGAACUCUGAUUUGGACGGCGGCUCGGUGGUCAGCGAGGGAUCCGCGUCUAGCACGUACAAUGGCGAAGAGGAGAAGUUGCAUUACAUUCCUAUCCGGAUCCUCGGAAGGGGGGCGUUUGGCGAAGCGACCCUGUACCGAAGAACAGAGGACAACUCUCUGGUGGUGUGGAAGGAGGUGGAGCUGAAUUCCCUCAACGAAAAGGAGCGCAGAGACGUCAUGAACGAAAUCAGCAUCCUCUCCAUCCUGGAGCACAACAACAUCAUCGCCUACUUAAAUCACUUCAUGGAUAAAAACAGCUUGCUCAUUGAGUUGGAGUAUUGUAAUGGAGGAAACCUGUAUGAUAAAAUCAACCACCAGAAUGGGAAGCUUUUCAGUGAAGAGGUGGUCAUUUGGUACCUGUACCAAAUAGCCUCAGCUGUGUCCCACAUUCACAAGGCUGGGAUCCUACACAGGGAUAUCAAAACUCUGAACAUUUUUCUGACCAAGACUGACCUCAUCAAGCUGGGUGACUAUGGCCUUGCAAAGAAGCUAGACUCUAAGUCUUCAAUGGCAGAGACUUGUGUGGGAACUCCAUAUUACAUGUCACCUGAAUUGUGCCAGGGAUCAAAGUACAACUUCAAAUCAGACAUCUGGGCCAUGGGCUGUGUCAUUUUUGAAGUCCUGGCUCUUACGAGGACAUUCGAUGCAACGAACCCUCUGAACCUCUGUGUGAAAAUAGUCCAGGGCAACUGGACCAUGGAAGUGAACUCCGACGUGUAUUCAUCCGCAUUAAUCGAACUGGUGUACGAGUGCCUCGAUCAAGACCCCGUAAAGAGGCCGACAUCCGAUCAGAUUCUGGACCAGCCGCUCAUCGCCUGCUGUCGACAGGAGCUUGAAGAGCGAGUUGCCCUGCUGAAUUCAGCAAUGAGAAAGCCAAAGCUGAGUACAGCGACUGACACCCCUGUCGCUGUGGUGACCACGCGCUCGCGGGAGGUGUACUUCUGGGGUGGAGGGAAGUUCACCCCCCAGAAGAUGGACACGUUUAAAGGAGGCAGCAUCGCCCAACAUGUGUGCGCAGGAGAGAGUCACUUUGCGGUGGUGACCGUGGAAAAGGAGCUGUACACCUGGGCAAAUGUCCAAGGCGGAGCCAAGAUGGUGGGCCAGCUGGGUCAGGGAGACCAGUCCUCGUACCGUCAGCCGAGGAAGGUGGAGGAGCUCCAAGGGAAGGCCAUCCGCCAGGUGGCGUGUGGGGCGGACUUCACCGCCUGCGUCACCGACGAGGACCAGAUGUACAUGUUUGGGUCGGACUAUUACGGCUGCAUUGGAGUGGAGCGGGAGCUCGGCACGGAGAUUCUGAACCCGGUGCUUUUGGAGUUCUUUGCGGAGCGGCCCGUCCGUCAGGUUUCAUGUGGAGACAACCACGUGGUGGUGCUGACUCAUAGCGGGGACAUCUACUCCUGGGGCUGCGGAGAGUACGGGCGUCUCGGCCUGGAAUGUGAGGACGACUUCUCUUCUCCGAUGCAAGUGGUGAUCCCUAAAGGCGCCAUCAUCUCCUCAGUGUCAUGUGCCAGCGAUGGGACCUUCUUUUUGACCGAGACUGGCAAAGUCCUAGCAUGUGGAAACAAUGAGUUCAACCAGCUUGGUCUGAACCAGGAAAUCUCCGGUCUGAAAAACCACCCUGGAGAGGGCUCUCAGGGAAUCCCGUACAUCACGACACUGACUUUGGUGAAGCAGCUGGCGAGGUUCAAGAUCAGGGUCAUAGGCCCAGGGAAGAGCCACACGGCUGCCAUUGAUGAGCGUGGUCGUCUGAUCACCUUUGGUUGCAACAAGUACGGACAGCUGGGCGUGAAGGACUUUAAGAAACACCACGGUGUCCAACUCCUUGUCGGACCCUUUGGAGGGAAGAUAGUGACCAAAGUGUCUUGCGGGGACGGCUUCACCAUUGCAGCCACUGAGGACAAUCACAUAUUUGCAUGGGGAAACGCAGGAAACGGGCGGCUUGGGAUGCCAGCUGAUAAGGGAUUUGGUUCCGAGGUGUGCCCUGCCAUGCCGAGGCCUAUCUUUGGUUCCCUCCACCAUGUACCGGACCUCUCUUGCUGUGGCUGGCACAGCAUCAUCAUCAUGGAGAAAGUGCUCAACUCCAAGACGAUUCGCUCGAACAGCAGUGGGCUGUCAGUUGUUAGUGGACUAGCCCAGGAGGCAUCGACAUCUUCCGUGGCGCUGGACACAGGAGCUGGUUCAGAGACGGGGUGUCGUGACAGGGGUCUCAGUGGUACACUGGAGGAUAACACGGAGGAGUGCCUCAUGAAGGCUGCGAUGACGUCACUGAGCGGUCAGACUGGGGAAAGCUCCUGCCCUUUCUGGCUUAAAAAGGAGCUUGAGAAUGCAGAGUUCAUCCCGAUUCCAGACGACAUAUCCAUGCCUCACCAGCUGUCUUCUAUCUCCGAGAGCGUCACUCUGCCGUAUGAGGAUCUGAAGGCGCUGAAGGCUGCGGCGGAAGCAGUCGGCACGAAGAAAGACCUGUCGACUAAACGAAUGAGCUGUGAUAAAGUCAAUGGACUGGAGGAGGAUGACGUCGGCAUGAAAGGAGCAACGGGCGCUUGCUGCAAAGCAAGUCGCGAAGUCACACAGCUGCGAGAGACGGUCGCCAAUCAAGAUUUGAGGAUCCAGACGCUCGAGAGGCAGGUCAACGAGCAGCUAAAGGAGAACGAAAGGCUCUGGGCGGCAAUCAAUCGGUCAGCGCAAAGGGAAGCGGGGUGCGACAGUAACGGAAACCAUCCCUCCGAUGCCCGAAUGCCCGGGGACGGAGGAGAAAGAGGAGGCGCGUUCACAAACCACGGGGGCCGGUCGACAGGGGCCAGUGUGUGACUUCCUCCUGCAGAUGUCUUGCUCAUGGGCGGAGUGUGAGGAGCACGUAUUGAGGCAAACACGCUGGUUGGAUGGAGAUCGGAGGCUUGGUUGGACACGCAGCCUCGUGCCCAUUCAGAGGUCACCUGCCGUGCACGGCGAGUUGCAUUAUUACAACCUGUUACAUGUGUGAUACUGCGUAAUGCCUGGCACGCUCUCAUGUGCACACCUGUGUUCACCUGUGUGCAGUAAUCUAGCUCGUUUUUUUCCACAGACUGAAAUGUUGGCUGGAUUCAACAUGAAGCACCUGACACCCGUGAGGGACACUCGCAUCGUGUUAUUAUGUAAUGUGAAUGUUUUAGUGGUAUUGUUAACUUUAAGGGGUGUCACCAGUGAGGCUUCGGUCCUUCGUGUAUUAAUAGUUAUCAAAUAACACACAAGACCAUCUAAUGCAUCCAAAGAUUACGGUUUCUUGUUGGCAAUUUGUGAGAUGGGCUGCCGGGAUGUCGACGUCCAGAUCCAUGAUGACUCAUGUUAGCGCCGUCUUCCAAUUUGAAACCAUAACUUUUUUAAUCAUAUAUCGCUUUAUUUUUUAUUAUUUUUAUUUCAUUCAAUAUUCUUGAAAGGUGAAAGUACCAAAGACAAAAAAAAGCUUCUAACACAGUUUUUCCACAUAUAUGAGAAAUGCUAUUCUAAACAUAUUCUAAAUAUCUCACGCAAAUAUAAACUUUUUUACAUGUGCAUGUUUUAUUAUAUGAAAGUAUUUGUGUGAAACACGAAACUACUGAUUUAAUUUUUUCAACAGCUGCUUACUUAGUUAUUACUCUUCUUGAAUUCAUGAUGGGGAAGCACACGUGUCGGUCUGUGUCUUCUUAAAAUAUGAACAGUUUUCUUUUAAUGUGAAUGCAUUUAUGAUAAAAGCUCGCGGCUAUAAUGUUGUAUUCCUCUCGCGUUCUUUAACUAUUGUAUCCUUCGUAGGUACUUUCUGAAAAAUUCUUUGAUGUUUUGCAUAAUUUGUGAAAACGUGUGUGUGUGUGAGUGAGAAACACCUUUGCUUCCAAGCUGUUGAAUGCAAUGUUAAAAACAGUCAGUGCCUCACCAAGCUAUUAAAACCAAAAUGUUUGCAAUUAUGAAAAUGCUGGGCCUCAGAUGUUGACAGCAUCUAAAAAAAUAUGGUUUACUUUUAUGUCAGCAGUUGUGGAGAUGUAACAGUCGUAUAACCAUUUCAUCGCGCUGUUGCUUUUUGCUUUGUGUAAAAGUCAUUAAUAAAAAAGUUGUCUUUU